GCAGCAGUAGCUAGCUAGCUGUUCGUUAAAACCGGGUGACUGCGGCGUCCGUGAUCAUUCAUGUUCAACAGCAAGAGCGAGAACCUGAGAAUCAAGACGACAAAUAAAACAGGAAGCGGAAUUAAAGCAACCUUCAUUCGUGGGGACUCCAAGUGCGCUUGAGUUUUGCAUUCUCUUCUCAACACCUUUGUGUUCUCUCUGGUGUCACACUAAUAAUAUACAGAGUCUGCAAGUUUCUCAUCCAUUCUCAAUGAACGCAUCGCACUUGAAAACUGGCGGCAAGCUAAGCAUGGGAUUACUUUUGUAAUGUGGAUUGUAAAAGCCUUGGAAGAAAAAUUUAAUUUACUUCUCAACAAUGUGACAGGACCUGCGUCCUGGAUUCUCAUAUUUCUGGAUAUUCUGAAAAUAAUCGGCAACAGCUGAGAGACGCUAUAACACACUUGCCGUGGAUCUCAAUCUCUCUGUCUCUCUCAGGUGUCUGCAUGCGUGUUUUGGGACCAACAUGGGAUCCUUGUUGCCCCUAUAGGUCGGACCCCUUGGAAGAAGCCUUUACUCAUGUCUAACUUGCUUUCUGAGACCUUUUCCAAUGCGUUUGCUAAAGUCCGCCUAUCAUCGGAUAGGGUUUUAAAAAGAUUUAUUCGCCUUAUAAAUUCAAUCAUGAACUUUGCCGUCCGCGUGCUCCAGUUAUUUCUUGUGACGCUUCUGUAUUUUUCAGCUGUCAAGAGUGCCUACAUACCCUGGGAGGAAGGCAGAAGCACAUAUGACGUGGUGCCAUUCAUGGAGGUCUAUAACAAGUCUCUCUGCCGUCCUCGAGAAGUGCUGGUGGAAAUUCAACAGGAAUACCCUGAUGACACCGAGCACAUCUUCAUCCCGUCCUGCGUGGUUCUCACCCGCUGUGCUGGGUGCUGUAAUGAUGAGAUGAUGGAAUGCACCCCUACCGUCACAUACAACAUUACCUUGGAGAUUAAAAGAGUGAAACCGCUCCGUCAUCAGGGUGACUUUUUCAUGAGUUUUGCAGAGCACAGUGAAUGCCAGUGCCGGGUGAAAAAAGAUAUUUCGGAGAAAAAAGAAAAAAAACCCCGGAAGGGCAAAGGCCAAAAGCGAAAGAGAAAGAAAAACCGUGAAAAAAAGCGGGAUUUUAGUCAGUGUGAGCCUUGCUGUUCUACGUGCUCUGAAAGGAGAAGAAGGUUGUUUGUUCAAGACCCCGAGACGUGUCAGUGCUCCUGUAAAUACUCUGAAGCCGACUGCAGGUCUAGACAACUAGAACUCAAUGAAAGAACCUGCAGAUGUGACAAACCAAGGAGGUGAACCCAACUGAACUUGAGAAACGGACUCUGACAUGAAGGAUUAUUUCACAGUAAUUCACAGCACUUUGAACUUUGCUCUCAUUAUUCCGUCCCGGAGAUACUGAGCGAAUGAAGUGAAGAGGUUCAGGGGAGGUGGGGGCUUAACAGUCAAUGAAAUGUUCUCUCUGUAUAUGUUCAUGAUUUUCAUGUGUGUGCGUGAAGCGAAGCGAGAGACUGAAAACACAGGAUUUGAAUUGCUGCUAAAUGUUCUUCGGAAAAGCCCUGUGUAAACGUUUCUGAUCUCGGCUGGCGUGCGUAAAGUCGUACUCGAAAUCACUCACUGAGACACAUCACUGGAUUUGGGUCUACUGUGCAGUUUUUCAUGUGAAUCUAAAGGACUGCAACGAUGCGUCGGCGUCCAGCACACGCUGUGGAAUCAUUCCUCCCAGCACGUGAACACUGAGAACAAUGCGUGUGUUUUAGAGACGGACAAAUGAUUGGAGUUUUGACGGAAGGCUAAACUGAUUCUGUCGCUGGAAUGUCACGCCGUGGAAACCCGCCGGCCGCUGUAGUAAAUGUUUGCUCUGGCCUUGACGAGGCAAACACAGGAGGAUUUUGGUCACAUUCACUCCUUAAAGGGAUAUUCAUUCUUUGACAUGUUUGGAAACCACUUUGUGUAGAUUGUGUGAUUAGAUUUCAUGCUUCCACACUACUGGGGAUUUAAGAUGACUUUUUGAAUUUAAAUCCAAAUCUAUUUCCCUAAGCAAUUCAGUAAUUUAUAUAUUUUUUAGAAUAUUUUCAAUAUAUUCUAUCUCUUUGUAUUUAAUUUGACCUAUUUAUGUGCAGUGUUAUCUUAAAAUGGAUCUUCUCACCCUUUAUUGUCUGCAAACCUUCAUGGCUGUCUGGAGUUUUAAAAAAAAGAAGCUUUUCAUACUGGUUUAUUUUCUGUAGAUGAACAGAGAAACAUUCCUAAUACUGAUCAGUGAGUCGUGUUGCCAACUGCCUUGACUUUGCCGCCUUGCUGCAGAUGUGUGUGUGCCGUGUGGUCUCUAACAAACAAACCGUGUAAAUGUGAUUUCGUGUGCAUAUGUUUGUGUGCGUGCAUGUGUGAGUACGAGUCAGUCACAUUUAAACUGAAUAACAAAUAUAGCAGCCAAAUGUAAAUAUAGGCCAAACCCACGUCACCAUUGACUUCUGCUAUAAUAAGAUCUAACAAGCUGAAACAGUUGCUCAGAUGUGGUCCGGUCUGAUUGGAGUUUUACAUUAUUUAUUUACUCUAUGUAAAUAUGUUAAAUAUUAACAACUUUUUGUGUGUCUGUGUAAUGUAGUACAGCAUAUUUAUUUUCAAAUUAUAUUGCCUUUUUUCUAUAAAAUUUUGUUUGAAAACUC